AUGGCGCCGACCGAUGCGCUGUCGGCGCCCGGUGUGGUCUCGUACUCGUCGGACAACCUGGUCGUCGGCGAUGGCACAUGGGACUUCACCAAGAACACUUUUCUGUUGCCGAACCUCAUGGGCCUGCCCUUUGAGACCAUGCAGUACAAUGGCAUGGGCAACCGGUUCGCCACGUUGACGCAGUACCAUAGCCUCAUCGUCGCCCAUGGGGUCCUCGCGGCCAUGGUUUUCCUUUUCAUCGUCCCUUUUGCCGUCAUGACCGCCAGAUUUUACCGCGGACCGCCGGGCUGGUCCAUCAGAUAUCACGCUUACCUACAAAUCCUCGCUGUCGGCCUUACGACUGUCGUUUUCAUACUCGGUUUCUUCGCUGUUGGCCCCAGCCGGAGCUUGACAAACCCGCACCACGGCAUUGGAGUCGCCAUCUAUACCUUGAUCCUGCUCCAGGCAGUUGGGGGUCGGCUCGUCCGACACAUCACCAAACGAUCCCUCCGGGUCAUGAUCCACCAGUGGAGUGGCAGAGCCAUUGCCAUCCUCGGCAUUGUUCAGAUUCCGCUGGGUUUGACGCUAUACGGCUCUCCCAAGUUCACUUUCAUCCUGUAUGCAGUCUGGAUGGGCUUUCUGCUGUUACUGUACUUUAUCCUCAGCUGGCGCCGCGAGGGUUUCAGAGAGGAGUUGCUGAUUCACGGUGGGAGGUCUGAAGUAACACGGAGUGGGUACAUGGUAUCCGAGCGCAGAGAUGAGCAUCAUGGUCAUGGCUGGCUCGGCCCCCUAGCUGCCGGUGCUGGCCUGGCUGCUCUCUUCAGAGGGCGGAAGAACCGAAAGGACGGCGAGCGAAGCCGUAGCAAAUCUCGUUCGCGAAGUCGCAGCAGGCACCCCGAGGUUAUACCAUCCAGGCGCGGGUCGCAUAGCUACCUGGAUGAGAAGUACUCUGACCGGACUGAGCACCAGGGAGGUGGUUUCAUGAACAAGGUUCUAGGGCUCGCAGGUGUCGUUGGAGCCGGCGCCCUAGCCAAGAAGUAUAUGGAUCGCAGAGAGACUCGGAAAUACCACGACGAGGAAUACUCUGCCGUUGCUACCGAGACGCCGAGCAAGUCCGACAGGAGAAAUAGGCUCAAGCGACCGGCUCAGUCAGAGUUCACCGAGAGCUCAUUCACCGACUCCAUGACGGACGUUCACCAACACCACAGGCACGGAAGCAGACACGGCCCCUUGCUACCUGGACCUGGGGAUCCCGUGGCGGCGGCUGCUGCGAUAAGUGCAGCCGAGCCGCGCCCACAGAGACCAGUCACACCCCGACAGUCGCAUGGACGCAGGCCUAUGGAUUCUAGAUUGACAAGCGAACUCAGCGUCUCUGACUACACAGACUACGUGAGCCCGUCUAGGAGAGCCAAGGAAGAACGAGAGCGAGGCGGUGCUGGAAAGGGUCUCAUGGCGGGCUUGGGCCUGGGCUGGCUGGCAGGUAAACUGAAGGGCCGAAAGGACAGGAGGGAAGACGUACGGUACGAAGAGGAGAGUCGUGGAGGUCAUCAUGGUUCGAGAUAUACUGGCGACGGAUACGGAUCACCAAGACGGCCCUCGCACCGCCGGCCACCUCGGCCUGCAGGCACAAUAACCACCAUGACUGGCGAUUCGGAGUUCUCCUCCGUCGAGCCACGACCGGUAGGAGCUAGCUCUGCAGGCCCGCCAAUGCCACCCCUAGGUCAUGCAGGCCAUGGUCCUCCCUCCGUCAGACCAGGCGUGGCGGAAACCUCGAGGAGGGAAGACGUCCUGACCCCGGUCGACAUGCCGCCCAUACCUUCGGACCCUCAUGGCAUUCUCCACCACGAGUCAGGCAGCGAAAGUUACAUGUCUGCCGGAGGACAACCUCACAGGCGUCACUCGUCCCGUCGGCGCCGACAUGGUGAAUCUGCUGCGGCGGCCGCUGCUACAUCGGCGAGCAUCUUGGCAGCCGAACAAGAAGUAGAACGCCGUCGUUCCCAGAGUCGAACACGCGGCUCAAGCCAGCCUGUGAGCGUCAAGGUCAAAUACCAUGAUGACCGUGACCGCAACAUCACUUUACGCCGCCUUACUGAAGAGGAGGCAGCUCGCGAACAACGAAGGAGACGCCGGUCGAACUCCGCGAGCAGUCUCUCAGGGUCGGACGUUGGCGGUGGACGCAGGCGACGAUACCGCCGGGACUCGAGCGCACGUCGCACCGCGGACGAACGGGAAACUGAGCACCUGACUCCGGCGCCCCUUUCCCCGCCAGCACCGGCAUUUGCGGGCGGGCGGAAGCCGGCCAAGGAUUCGGCAUAUUACUCCGGCGUCCCUGGACCGUCGAACCCGCCCAUGACCCCUAUGCACGGCAACCAGACUGUCUCUAGCAUCGGCAGCCCAGGCAGCCACGGUACGUGGAGCGGCAUGAGCCCCUCGCCUAGCGGGCCAGGAGGUACGGACGCGGGUAACAUAUCGGCGGCGGAGCGAAGGAGGAGGCGGAGGCUGGAGAGACGGGAUCAGAGACCGCCCGCGAGUUCGGUCGACUACAACUGA